CCGCGAUGGGAGGGCCCCGCUGGGCCCGGCAUGGCAGAAUCAGUUCCUGGAAAUGAGGACAGACUCUUCUUGGCAGAGACUGAAAGGAUUAGGGCUGCCUUGUUCCCCAAGCAAGAAGGGAGAUGACGGAUGGCUGCAUAAAGACUGAUUUGGGCAGCAGGAAGAGAGAAAACUCCACAGGAGAGCCACCAGAGUCUUGCCUGCAGCCGUGCUCCUCUGGAUAUCUCUGCUCCUCGCAGUGCAGGGCCAUGGAUUUCCCCCAGCACAGCAAACAGGUCCUGGAGCAGCUGAACCAGCAGCGGCAGCUGGGCUUGCUGUGUGACUGCACCUUCGUGGUGGAUGGCAUCGACUUCAAGGCUCACAAAGCUGUGCUGGCAGCCUGCAGUGAGUACUUCAGGAUGCUCUUUGUUGACCAGAAGGAUGUGGUACACCUGGACAUCAGCAAUGCUGCAGGCCUGGGCCAGGUUUUGGAGUUCAUGUACACAGCUAAGCUGAGCCUGAACCCUGAGAACGUGGAGGACGUGCUGGCCGUGGCAGGCUUCCUGCAGAUGCAGGAGAUCGUCAGCGCCUGCAACGCGCUCAAGGCCCUCGCCGCGCCGGGGGGAGGCCCCUCCGAGAGCCAGCACCCCCCUGCCCACCUGGAGUCCAGCAAGGCUGAGGACAAGCCAUCAGAGGCAGAAGCAGAGCCUGAUCCUGGCAAACUAAAACCAGCUCCUCCUGACCCAGUGGGGAAGGAAGAGACUCCCACAGCUGCAGCAGCUCAGCCUGAGGCACCAGCGGAGCAGCUGAGUGGCCAAGAAGGGGCAGAUGCUGCCAGCCCCAAGGGUGCCACCACCGAACCUCCCAGCCAGCCGCAGCCAGGGGAGAGCCUGGGGGACAGCAGCAGCCCUGUGGCCAAGGACAGCUCUGCAGGCACUGAAACAGGAGAGACGAAGCUGGAAGGGAAGGAGGAAGAUGGAGAGACGAUGGUGGCGGUGGGGGAGGAGGAAGAGGAGGUGAAAGUCGCUGAGGAAGAGCAGCCCCAGGUGGAGAACGGGGAGCAGGCAGAGGAUAACGAGUCGGGAAGCACAGACUCAGGGCAGGAGACGGCGGCAGAGCCGCGCCUGCUGCGCUCCGGCUCCUACGGCGACAGGACCGAGUCCAAAGCAUAUGGCUCCGUCACCCACAAGUGCGAGGACUGCGGGAAGGAGUUCACCCACACCGGCAACUUCAAGCGGCACAUCCGCAUCCACACCGGGGAGAAGCCUUUCUCCUGCAGGGAGUGCAGCAAGGCCUUCUCCGACCCUGCUGCCUGCAAGGCCCACGAGAAGACACACAGCCCCCUGAAGCCGUACGGCUGCGAGGAGUGCGGCAAGAGCUACCGGCUGCUGAGCCUGCUCAACCUGCACAAGAAGCGGCACACGGGCGAGGCUCGGUACCGCUGCGAGGACUGCGGGAAGCUCUUCACCACCUCCGGCAACCUGAAGCGCCACCAGCUGGUGCACAGCGGCGAGAAGCCCUACCAGUGCGACUACUGCGGCCGCUCCUUCUCGGACCCCACCUCCAAGAUGCGCCACCUGGAGACGCACGACACCGACAAGGAGCACAAGUGUCCCCACUGCGACAAGAAGUUCAACCAGGUGGGGAACUUGAAGGCUCACUUGAAGAUCCACAUCGCAGACGGACCCCUGAAGUGUCGGGAGUGUGGCAAACAGUUCACCACUUCAGGGAACCUCAAGAGGCACCUGCGGAUCCACAGUGGGGAGAAGCCUUACGUCUGUGUGCACUGCCAGCGGCAGUUCGCCGACCCCGGGGCGCUGCAGCGCCACGUCCGCAUCCACACCGGAGAGAAGCCAUGCCAGUGCUUGAUCUGUGGGAAAGCCUUCACCCAAGCCAGCUCCCUCAUCGCCCACGUGCGGCAGCACACCGGCGAGAAGCCCUACGUCUGCGAGCGCUGCGGCAAGAGGUUUGUGCAGUCCAGCCAGUUGGCCAACCACAUCAGGCACCACGACAACAUCCGCCCCCACAAGUGCACAGUCUGCAGCAAGGCCUUUGUCAACGUGGGAGACCUCUCCAAGCACAUCAUCAUCCAUACUGGGGAGAAGCCCUUCCUGUGUGACAAGUGUGGCCGAGGAUUCAACCGCGUGGACAACCUGAGGUCCCACGUGAAGACCGUGCACCAGGGCAAGGCUGGCAUCAAGAUCCUGGAGCCGGAGGAGGGCGAUGAGGUCAACAUCGUCACGGUGGCGCCGGACGAGAUGGUGACCUUGGCCACCGAGGCGCUGGCGGCCACCGCGGUCACCCAGCUCACCGUGGUGCCGGUGGCAGCCGCGGUCACUGCAGACGAAACCGAAGCUCUCAAAGCUGAGAUCACCAAAGCGGUGAAGCAGGUGCAGGAAGCAGACCCCAACACGCAGAUCCUCUACGCCUGCGACUCCUGCGGGGAGAAGUUCCUGGACGCCAGCAGCCUGGCGCAGCACGUCCGGAUCCACACGGCUCAGGCCCUCGUCAUGUUCCAGGCCGACUCGGACUUUUACCAGCAGUACGGCGCCGCCGCCGCCGCCUGGCAGCCCGAGCAGGUCCUGCCCGCCGGGGAGCUGCUCUUCCGUGCCCGCGACGGCAACCCCGAGCCCCCCGGCGCCACCCUGGCCCCCGCGCCCCACGCCGGCGAGGCUCCGCCCGCCCCUGAGUGA